GAGAAAAGGAUGCAGGAAAUUCUGUUGUUUACACAUGUGUCUGUAACACUGAGAAGCAAGAGGAGCCCAGCAAACUCAGAGGGAGUAAAAUUAGAUGACGCAUCAAAACAUGAGUUUAAGCUCUGUUCAGACAGGAAUGGAAGAGACGCAGAUUUUUGGGAUCCAACCAAGACAACCUCAAAAAUUAGAUGGAGGUUGCCGACCAGGUGACCAUCUCUGUAAUUCAAGUCUGCCAUCUCAAAGUUUCUACCCAUAUUCAUCUCAUAAUGCAUAUAUGCAUAUGAAUUACAGCAGUGAUUGGGAAAUUUUUGAAGCAGUAAAAAUUCGGGAACUGGAAGAGGUAAAAGCCAGAGCUGCCCAAAUGGAGAAGACCAUGCGCUGGUGGUCAGAUUGUACUGCUAACUGGAGGGAGAAAUGGAGCAAAGUUAGAGGAGAAAGAAAUAAAGCCCGAGAGGAAGCAAGACAAUUGAAAAUCAAGUUAGACAAUGUCAUAAAAGAACUAAGUAUGCUUAAAAAAGUAAAUCAAGAUUUAGUAAGUGAGAAGGAAAACUUACAAAAUGGAAUUGCUUGGAAAACAGAAUGCAGUUGCUCAGAAAUAUCUUAUAUUAAAAGUGAUCAAAACCUGUUAACACUUCUGGAACCAGAACCUGUGAAAGAAUUGAGCAAAAUCAUCAAAGUUCCUGGGGCAGAAGACACAAAGAAGGAUGUAGAGGUAAUCAAAGACCAAAGUAAUCACAAUAAAAAAUUCACUCUAAGGUCUUCAGAUUUCUUCCCAAAUGGACUUCCCAGCAUCUAUUUGAAGGAACCUAAAAAAAGUUGGGACAGUACAGCUAAGACAGCAGAGAAUGAUUUAAUACAUGUUUCAGUCUUGCAUUUGCAUUUGGCUGAGAUGAAGAAAAUCUUACAGAAGGAAAGAGAAAUGAAUGUAUUUCUGGAAAAAGAAAUGGAAAAGAUGGAAAAUGAAUUAUUUCUCUGGAAAUGGAAAUAUGAAGAACUGAGACAAACAAAGCUGGAAAGCCUGAAACAGCUGGAAAGAAUGCAGUGUGAGAAUACCUCUGAAUGGGGAAAGAGAGAGCAACCUGAAGCGGAAGAGCAAAAUUUGGAAGAAGAGAACAGAAAACUGAAGUUGCAGGUAAAAGAAAUUCAGAGAUGUAAAAUAAAGCAACGCCAACUAAAACUGAGUUGUGAUCAUCAAAAUGCACAAAGUAAGGUGUUGGUUAAAAAUAAG